AUGAUAGUUACACAACAAUGUGAAUGCACUAAAUGUAAAUUAAAAAUUGCUAAGAUGGUAAAUUUUAUGUUAUGUGUAUUUUACCACAGUUGUGCUCAGUUGAAUCUGAUUCCUUGUGACCCCAUGGACUGUAACCCACCAGGCUCCUCUGUAAAUGGGAUUUUACAGGUGAGAAUACUGACGUGGGUUGUCAUGCAUUCUUCUAGGGGAUCUUCCAGGCCCAGGGAACCUGCAUCUCUAGAGUCUCCUGCAUUGGCAGACAAAUUCUUUACUGCCACCUGGGAAGGCCCUUUACCACAAUUACAUGUUUUUUAA